ACAAAUACGCGACUGUAAUCGGACGGUUUGUAUUCGAUCCGCUCUGAAUUGAUAAUAGUACAGACCACUGGUCGAUUCUUCACACUAAAUACUGCACAACGAUUAUGGCAGGCACUGGAACAGAUCACAGAAAUCUGUCGAAGGCAUCUGUUUACGAGGACGUAAAGGAUUACUAUGGAAACAUCUUGAAGAAGUCCUCUGAUUUGAAUACCAAUGCCUGUGUCACUCCUACUAAACCUAUCCCUGCCUACGUUAGAAAAGCCUUAGGAGAUGUCCAUCCAGACGUUUCAAGCAGGUACUAUGGCUGUGGCCUGGUGGUACCUGAAUGUCUGGAGGGCUGUAGGUUGCUGGACCUGGGCUGUGGGACUGGGCGUGACUGCUACAUGCUAAGCCAGCUGGUGGGAGAAAAAGGCCACGUCACAGGCAUUGACAUGACAGAUUACCAGCUUGAAGUGGCCCGGAAAUAUGUUGACUACCACAUGCAGAAAUUUGGGUAUAAAAAGCCGAAUGUGAACUUUGUUCACGGAUACAUUGAAACCUUGGAACAAGCUGGACUGGAGGAAGGAUAUUAUGAUAUAAUAAUAUCAAACUGUGUGGUGAAUUUGUCUCCUGACAAGGCCAGCGUUUUGAAGGAGGCUUAUCGCGUGCUGAAGGAAGGAGGAGAGCUUUACUUCAGUGAUAUUUACAGCAGUGCCAGAGUAUCCGAAGAACUGAGGGCUCACAAAGUUUUGUGGGGGGAGUGUCUGAGCGGGGCACUGUGGUGGGAAGACCUGAUGCAGUUGGCUGCAGACGUGGGGUUUAGCCCUCCCCGACUGGUCACUGCCAGUCCCGUCACCGUGGGCAACAAGGAACUGGAGAAGCUUUUAGGCGACUACAAAUUUGUCUCCGCCACGUACCGUCUCUUCAAGUUGCCAAAGAGCUCAGACAAAGGCCGUAGUCUGGUAGUGUAUGACGGAAACAUCACUGGAUGUGAGGAUAAGUUGGAGUUUGAUGUUCAGUAUACUUUCAAGGCUAAUGAGGUAAUGGAGGUGGAUGGAGAGGUGGCCCACAUCCUGAGGAGUUCCAGGUUUGCUGGAGAGCUCACCUUCCAGCCCGAGGGAAAGACCACAUCUGGAGUGUGCUGUGCAAAACCUAAGGUGGUAUCUAUGAACCCCUUUGAGUUGGCGGAACAGCAGGAAAAUGCUACUCAAAAGCCUGCCACAGGGGGGUGCUGUGGAGCACAGAAGUCUUGCUGCAACUGACAGUAUGACCUGGUCAUCUCACAGAUAAAAAUGUCAUGACUGAAUUAAGCAGCUUUCAUCACAGCACUAUAAUGAACUCAAAUGCACUGUUAAUUUUUUUUACUGAAAUGAUAUGUGUGUAGUUUCUAGUCUCAUAGUGGUCGUAACAAAAUAUAGAGUAAUGCAUUUUCUGCCGUUACCAAACUUUAAUUUGGUGAAAAAUAGGGUUUAGGCUAAGCCAGACAAUUACUUUAUAUGACUAAAGAAGAUAAAAGCAUCCAGUUAUUUUCAUCCAUGUUCAUGCAAACUGUAUUUGUACUUUUCUAAUCAUCUGCUGUUAACCAAACAGUAUUAUCAGUGACAAUAAAUGAUUUUUUUAAUUCACGUUUUCAUUCAGAGCAAGUAAUAUUUUACUGUGACAUUAAAGUGUGACAUAAAGAUGUGACA